UUAAUUUGACCAUAUAUGGUCCCUCCCCUCUUUGAUUCAAAUACUAAAUUGAACAGCAUUUUUCUUGGGUCCAAAGCAAUAAACAAAACACAUGAGCAGACAUCAUGACAGACAUCUGGAGAAAGCCAGCCCCACCUUACCCAACCAUACAUCAUUUUCUUUUUCUCUUUAAAGAAUUUUCUCCUCUUUCUAAACCAGGUUUGGAUUCUAAAAUUCCACGGAGAGGUAGAGUCAGAAACAAGAAACACGUUAUGCUUUCUUCAUGGUUCAGGUUUCCACAAAAGCUGUCCAUAUCUGUACACUACACCAGCCAAGUAUAAGUUGGUAGGUUACCCAAAACCCACCUAGACGCAAGCAUAGUUUGCAAGACUUCAAUGCUUCAGCCGCUUCAAAGAGCUAAGCCUGUUGUUGACCAUUGAAUCCGUUUAUAAAAAGUUGGUCACCUAAACACACAUUUUUUUAUCUCUGUUCUUUCAUAAUCCCCCUAUAUAAACCCCAAACCUUUUUCCAUCCAUCACCACAAUCACACUCCAUAGUUUCAAGAUCACUAGAGUACACAGGUUACAUUAAGGAUCACAGAGAACGCUAAUGGCAAUCGGGAAGAUGGCAGUGUGUCUCGCCCUGGUUGUUGCGGCCAUGCUUUGUGCAGGAGCCGCAGCUCAGUCUAGUUGCACCAAUGAAUUGAUCAGCUUGUCACCUUGCCUCAACUAUAUUACGGGGAACUCCUCAACCCCUUCUUCGCAGUGCUGCUCACAGCUUGCCAAUGUUGUCCGCUCAUCACCCCAAUGCUUGUGUCAGGUCCUCAAUGGUGGAGGUUCAUCGUUGGGGCUAAACAUCAACCAGACUCAGGCUCUGGCCUUGCCUGGGGCUUGCAAUGUCCAGACUCCACCCAUUAGCCAAUGUAGUGGUAAGGAUGCAAUUAAUUACUCCCUUUUCUAAUAAAGAAAAAUCAUUACUUAUCACCAAAAACUGCACGAUCUCUGUAUUGAAUCAGUAAUGAAAAAUAAUAAAGAUUAAAUUAGUCUAAUUCCACUGAUCAAUACCACCACCUGUAUGUUGUCAGCUGCUUCUCCAGCCGGCUCCCCCGCAGGAUCACCAGAGGGCAGUACCACAUUUACUCCGGGUAUGGAAUGGUUUUGGAUCCUCAAGAUAAUAUGUGAAAACAAGAUUUAUUUGAUCCCCACCAUUAACUUUGUGCACUGGUAUGAAUUUAAUGAAUGCAGGAAGUGGAUCUAAAACUGCACCAUCAACACGAGAUGGCUCAUCCUCAUCAGAUGGAAGCUCCACAAAGUUGUCAUUUUCACUGCUCAUCUUCGUUCUCAUAGCUGCAUCAUACGGUUCAAUCUUCACAAUAUACUGAUAUCCUCUAGCUUUAGGAUACUUUAAUUACCAUUUGAUGUAUUCUUCAUUCGUCACACACGGUUGUCUUCUGCUUGUGAAGCAUCUAUAUUUUUUCUCUACCAUCCCAUUUGGCGGUUGAUAUAGUUUUGUAUUAGUGAAGAGAGUUCUGGCCCUCUUCCUUUCCUAAUAAAGACCAUAUAUAAUUGUUCACUGAAAAUACAACGCAUGCAUGAUGUCAACAGACACGUACACUUCCAAUUCCAGGUCAACGAUACACAGAUAAACAAGAAAAUUUUAUAACCACAAACGACAUUAAGGAACUAACCGCAGUUCUGAAGUGUGGU